GUUAAGUAUUAUACCUAGAUGUUUAAAAUGUGAGCAUGGCUCGAAAAAUAAAAGAUCAUGAUACCCCAGUCUGUGUAAAUAAUGAUGAGGAAUGGGAAGAAAUUACUAGUUCUAAGGGAGUGCUAACUGUAGUUGAUGUGUACAAUGAAUGGUCUGGACCUUGUAUGGCAAUGGCAGGAUUUCUCAAGAAAAUAAAGCUAGAGGUUGGAGAUGAUGUAUUGCAGUGUGCUGUAGCAAGAGCGGACAGUAUUGAUGCUUUAAAGAUGUUUAGAGGACACUGUAAACCUAUUUGGCUUCUUUUAAUUUCAGGAAGUGUAGUGUCUGUGUUACAUGGUGCCAAUGCACCUGUGCUUGGUCGACUUAUAUCUGACACAAUUGAGAAUAUGAACAUGAACAAAGAAUUUGACAUUGUUCCCUUGGAGGAUGCGGUUCCAGCGAGUGAUCUUCAUUUGGACCUUGCCCUUGAACUCGAGGAGAAAAAACAAAGUGAUAUGUCCCAAAGUAUGAAAAAUCCUGAAAAGUUCCAGGCAGACCAGUUUGCACUUUUGUACCUUCAGGAUUAUAUAACAGAAAACAGCCAAUUUAUGGAGAAAAUUAAUCAAUGUAUUAAUUCAACAGGCCUAAAGCUUGUUAGCACAACAGAUUCAAAGCUGGAUGAAGGAGAGCCUGAGCAUCUGCUGAUAGGUUCAGGCAGAGAAAGUCAGGCCAUUAAGUAUAUAAGUCAACCCGCCAGACUUUACCUACUGGAAGGAGAGAAUGCAUUUGAGAGUUUAAAGAAAGGAAUUGCAGAUUACGAAAUAUCAGAAAUGGUGGAGAAGGGUGGAGAACGAGGAAUGUUACUGGGUGGAGGAUCUCACAAAUUCUUGAAAUUAGUUCAAUUGUCGAAAAUAAAAUCAAACGUAAUCUGCUCAGCAAAGCACCGUAAGAUAACAACAACAACAAUAAUAUUAAUAAUAAUANAAAGAGAAUGA